CUUGUUUCCGCCCGGACCAAUAACGUCAUCAACCAGCGCGCCGGCGUCCAGUUCAAAACAAACGUACAAAUGUCGCAAGAGGGAGUGAGAGAAGACGCUUUUCAGAAGUUUGUGCACAACAGGAGCGACUCAUUUUGAUAGCAAUACUCCGCCGAACAUUUGAAGAGCAACUGUCACCAGUAUGGCGAGCAAUUGCCCAGAGUGUGGCUCGUCCAAUGUGGUGGAGGAUGAUCUGUACUCUCAGAGGCAGUGGGUCUGUGAGGACUGUGGCUCAGUGGUCUCUGAGGGCCAUCUGACCACCUUACUGAGCGAUGAGACCCAGGGCAGAGAUGUGCCCUAUCAUGCUUCCACGGAGGUGGUCAAGAAACCGUGUAGAAAUCUAAUUGCUGGCUUCGUUCGGGUGCGUGCGCUGUGCCGUAUCCUCAGGUUAUCCAACGCCAUGGAAUCGGAAGUAGUGAGUCUCUUUGAGAGCGCUUACAAUCUCCCCAACUUCCUCCAUGUGACCUUAACCAAGAAAGAGAUCUUGGGAGGCUGUUGCCUACUCUGCGUCUGUCGCCAGAGAAACUGGCCUGUUUCCAUGGGAACCGUUGGUUACCUGUUGGGGGCAGACAAUUCGGCAAUGGGCACGGUAUAUCAGGAGCUCACAAAGAGUCUGAACAUUCAGGCCACCACUUCCGGCAUCACAGACCUGAUGGAAAGCUUCUGCUACGAGUUCAAGCUGGGUCCUAAACAGGUGGAGGAGGUGCUUUCUGAAACCCCUCAGCGGCUGCUGGACAGGGUGUCUGCUUUGAUUGAACUAGCUGCUGAUACCUGGAUAGUGACGGGCCGCCAGCCUUUGCCUCUCAUCAUGGGAUCAGUGUAUGUGGCCUGGCAGUCGCUGAAUCCUAUGGCCCGCAUGAAAUACACCUUCACCACGUUCUGCAAGAUUGGAAAAGUACCUGAGCAGUCAUGGCGCAAAAGCAGAGACACGGCCCUGAAGCGGGUGAACGAGCUGCUGGAGGUGUUGUGUAAACUGGGCCGAGAGCUGCCGUGGCUGAGGGGCGUCGCAGUGGAGCACAACACCGUGGCCACGCUGGUGGAUGACAUCCUGAAGCACCGCAGGGCUUUGCUCUUGAGGGCUGUUAAAAACUACGAACAACAACUGCAAAAUGAGCUCUCAGAGACCCAAACGACAGAAUGUGACAAUGACCCAUCAGAGUCAAACCGCUCCGAAUCAUCUUCCUCAGAGACGCCUGCGGUCAUGAGCUCUGACCAGGCCAAAUGUGAGAAUCCUGCUGACGAAGAAGCCACGGAUUGUCAACUACCACCAACCCACUGGGGUAAAAGGCACUUGUUUUUACCCCCCUGCGUGAAGAGUUGCAAGCGGCAGAAGGUGGACGUUCCACAGCUGGAAGUGACCGGAGAUGAAGACAUAUCGGACAGUGAAAUUGAAUCAUACAUUCGCUCUCAGGAUGAGAUUAAAUUGUAUCUAAAGGCUCAGAAGGAGCUGAAGCAAGCGUAAUUGUCAUAUCGUUUAUAUAUAAUUAAUGAUGAUUUUGUUACAAUCAGUUUUUUGUAAGAUUGAUUACAUGGAUUAGUUCUGUUGUGGCAUUAAAUCUUACAAAUGUUUAUUGUUAAUAAAAAUACUAAUUUUUGUAUGAA